UUCUGCGCACGCAGUUCACUUCCGGAGUCAAAUGUUUAGCGAAUGAAUUGACCGAAAAGUGUUUUUUUCCCCUGUGCAACUCUAAUUGUAAUUUCAUGGCGAAAAGACACGCCGAGGUCACUUUAGUUUCCGACCGCCCCGCGAAGAGAAGCUUUCGAUCUCAUUGCCUGGCUGACCUGCAGCUAGAGAGCAUGGCUUACCACGGGGACGUGAGCCCGCCGUGCACGCCAGCUUUGUCGGUCAAAGAACGGCCAUGUUGCUCGGAAAAGACACGCGAAGAACCAUCACGUCUGUAUCGCAACACGACCGAACCACUUGACGCGGCUUCCGACAAGACUACGUCACACGCAUGUUCUGCAAGUUUCUCCGCUACGUCGUCAGGUUCAACGACCAAGAAACGACGUCGAGAAGAGUCAGAUGACGUCGUGGGUGCCAUAGCUGAAGUCACUGAUGAAGUAGAUUCAGCUGAUACUGAAGAUUGCACUUAUAACACUUUUCAGUUCUGGAGGGUCCCUUUGCCUGAGCUGGACCUUUCACUGCUGGAUGAGUCCAGUGGACAGAGCCAAGCAAAACACAAGUCAAAUGUCAAAACCUCCUGGGAUGCAAUGGAGACCUGAAAAUGAAGCCAAUAAAAGCAAAGAGGUUGUUGUUGGUGUGCUUAAAGACAGACAGUCUCCCAGCAUCUUUUCACUCAAAUAUGGAAAAUGAAUAGCUGGUCCAGUUAAAAGAUGCAAAUUUUAAUGGUCAACACUUACUCCAAUAGGUUAUCUAAGUGAAUGUGUUCUGCAUUGCUUUGUACAACAGUGACAUACACUGCAUACUCUUUAGUUUUCAAUGUUAAACUUCUAGUUAUAUGAAACAAAGUGUUAUCAACUUGUACUAGAUAUUAAGAUUCCAUCAUGUAUUUGCUUUUUACAUGCUGCUGGAUAAUUGAGAGGUAAAUUAAUCUGUUUUGUUCCAGUUGUUAUAAAUAUGUCAUACGCAUUUUUUGUCAACAAUUUUUUACCAUCUCCUUUUGAUUAACAAUAAAAUAUUUUUAUUUUAA